AUGAACCAAGCUCGACUAUAUACCAGCUUCAUUCAUGUUGCGACAAAUGUAAUUACUUCCAGAUGUUGUGAGAGCGUGCAAUGCAGCAGUGAGGGCACUACGAUGUUUGGCGGCACCGGGAGCGCGGGCGGCGGCUACGGCGAGGGUGGCGAGGGCUACGGGCUGGGCUACGUGGGCGGCGGCCGGCUACAGCAGUACGCGCACUUCGCUCCCCACCAGAACGUCUGGCACCACCACCACGCCGCGCACCACGACUCAUACGCCAACAAGGACAUGGACGCAUUACCUCUGCCGGCCUCCUGGCUGCAGAACAUGGCUCUGAUCGCAGGUAGUGGAAGCGUGGGCAGCGUGGGCGGAGUCGGUGGCGUUGGUGGCGCCCUCUAUGGACAGAACGUGGUGAUGGGAUCAUGGUGCGCGCCAUAUGAUGCACUGCAGCGCCCCCCUGCCUACGAUGGCGUUCUGGAGGCGUACGAGGAGGGCCGCGAGUGCGUCAACUGCGGCGCGAACAACACGCCUCUGUGGCGACGCGAUGCCACCGGCCACUACCUGUGCAACGCGUGUGGCCUCUACCACAAGAUCAACGGCGUGAACCGGCCGCUCGUGAAGCCCAGCAAGCGGCUGUCAGCAGCGCGGCGGCACGGCCAGUGCUGCACCAACUGCGGCUCGCGCAAUACGACGCUGUGGCGCCGGAACAACGACGGUGAGCCCGUGUGCAACGCCUGCGGCCUCUACUACAAACUCCAUGGUAUUAACAGACCGUUGGCAAUGAGGAAGGACGGCAUUCAGACUAGAAAGAGGAAGCCGAAGAAGUCAGCGAACGGUACGAAGCCUCCGCAAGAAACGGUAAAAAAAGAUGACCACGGCACACCAGGAAUUGAUGAGGUCAAAGCGAACGCGGCAGAGGUGUCCCUGGCAGCGGGCACGAGCGGGAGCGUGCGCGCGCGCGAGUCCGUGAGCACGGCGGCACACACGCACUCGCACACUCACGCGCACGCUCCCGCCCACGCGCACGCAUCCGCCCACGCUCCCGCCCACGCGCACGCGCACGGCCAGCAGUACGGGCUGGGCGUGGCGCCCGCCUUCCUGUCCAGCCCGUCGCUGUUCAACAUCAAGAGCGAGCCCAGCGCGCCUUACGACGGCUACGCGCACACCGCACCCUACCCGCAGCAGCACUACCUCCACGCGUUACAGUAUGGAUUAGGCAAUAGUGAGGAAGAGGAAGGCAGCGGAUUCCUGCACCAACGUAACGUGACUGCACACGCAAAACUCAUGGCGUCCACGUAG